CCUACCUGCGGGAGGAGCCCGUAUCCGCACAGCCUGCGCUGCCCGGUCCCAUUCGAGGCGAGCUCAGAAGCAGCUCUGGGAAGAGUUGUGUUCAUCCUCAGGUGCUUCCUAGUUAAUCGUCGGAGCUGCAAGCAACAUGCCGGAGCAGAGCAAUGAUUACAGGGUGGCCGUGUUCGGCGCAGGUGGUGUUGGCAAGAGCUCUCUCGUCUUGAGGUUUGUGAAAGGCACGUUUCGGGAGAGCUACAUCCCCACCGUGGAAGACACGUACCGGCAGGUCAUCAGCUGUGACAAGAGCAUCUGCACCCUGCAGAUCACGGACACCACGGGCAGCCACCAGUUCCCGGCCAUGCAGCGGCUAUCCAUCUCCAAAGGCCACGCCUUCAUCCUGGUCUACUCCAUCACCAGCCGGCAGUCUCUGGAGGAGCUCAAGCCCAUCUAUGAACAGAUCUGCGAGAUCAAAGGGGACGUGGAGAGCAUCCCCAUCAUGCUGGUGGGGAACAAGUGUGACGAGAGCCCGAACCGCGAAGUGGAGAGCAGCGAGGCCGAGGUGCUGGCCCGCAAGUGGAAGUGCGCCUUCAUGGAGACCUCGGCCAAGCUCAACCUCAACGUGAAGGAGCUCUUCCAGGAGCUGCUCAACCUGGAGAAGCGCAGGACCGUGAGCCUCCAAAUCGACGGGAAAAAGAGCAAGCAGCAGAAAAGGAAAGAGAAGCUCAAAGGCAAGUGCGUGGUGAUGUGAACCGCCCUCCCGUGGGAGCAACGGUUGUGUGUCCCCCUCUCCGCCCCUCCCCGUCCCACGUGACACCCGCCGUCGUCAGGGUAGCAUGUCAGACGCCCACGUGUUAAAUAUUGCAUUUUGACUGAGACGUGCCCAACUGUCCUCAGAGGGCAUUUCACACCACCACCGAUAAGCACCCCCUCUCCGGAAUCAGGGAAUCUGACGGAUGCUUAAAAUGAAAACCAACAUGCUCGGCAUCGCAGGGAACCCAAGGGACAUCAGCCAUUUCUGGAGGCAUCCUUGGCCCUCAGGAGGCAGGAAGGCUCGUGUCUGCCGAAGGCCAGUGUGCUGUGCUGAUAGCAGGAGGUACCAUCUGGAUACACGUGAGAGCACGUUAACCCAGAGCUGCAGGCACCACCCCCCAGACCAGGCCUCCCCUCUGCUCCAAGCCUGUGACAUCCCUGGGGGAUGGGAGGGGCAGGAGGAGGCAAGAAGACCAGGCCAAAGUUGUUCCCUUCUAUGGUUCUUUAACUGAAUUAAAAAUAAUACAGCUGACCUGUGAGCCUUGCCACUCUGAGGGGAUGUCCUCCCUAACCUAGUUGUUAGCAGGUAUCAUUUUAACCUUUUAGAGUAUUUCUUUUCACAUACAAUGGUGAAUUCACUAAGAGUGUGCCACUGUCAGAAAUUCUUCAAUUUCCAUUUGAAACGUUUGUGUGAGGAUAUUGUGACAAUACUGAAACAUCACAAUAAUACUUUUGUGUGUGAUAUUUUGAAAGUUUCAGAAAUGUAGUUUCCUUCCUUUGACCCAUGAGGGGUAUAACUCUUCCAGCCCUUAGAUUUUAAAUAAAACCAAUCAAAGUAGCUAUUUUUUACACAUUUUUUGUCCUCCAACAUGAUCUUUUUUUCAAUAACUUGCUCUAUCUCCAACUGAGUAACAGACAAUAAAGGCCCUCUGAAGACCAGAAGCACAUUCAUUUUCUAACAGACAGGGACACGUCUGUGCCAUACUUUGCACCUUAAUGAAAUACUUUGAGACAGAAGUUGUUCACUGUGUUUUUGAUGAUUAUCUCUAACAAGUAUAUUCCUGGAAAAUGAGUUCAAGUAAUCGAUUAUGGUGCAUGUUCCUUUAGAAAUGUCUUCUAAGAGCUGGCCAAUGCUGGGUUCACUUGAAACAAUCUCAUGUGCAUCCUUAAACCACUGCUGGUUGCUGCAUGCUGGCUGGAGACAGGUCUUGCAGGCCUCUGUCACGGGCAGGGCACAGCCUACUCAGCUAAUUCUUCUGCUGGCAUCUUCAAGCCUUCUUCAAGGCUGCUUUGGAACUGCUUCCUGAAAAUUCCCACUGACAGAGCCUGUGAGUUUUCCUCUUGGUUCCAGUCUGCAUCCCACUCUGGCUUCCUCUGGGAUGCUCCCUUGCAUAACACCUUCCUGUCGCCUGCCUGGCAGGCAGAGUGAGUGCUGCCCUCAGGCUUGUGCAGGGAUGCUUCCAGUCUGCUGGGCAGCAGUGCUAGCUGGUACUGAGUGGUCAGGUUCAGGACCUUUAUGGAUGCCACUCUCUCCUGCACUUUCUGUUUUUCCUGCCCUUCCUGCUGUGGCCACUUGUAGGCAGCUCUGUGCUCUCAACAGAUCCUAAAUUCCCCCUUUUGGUUUAAUUUUCUUGCCUUCCUCUCAUCCCCUCUGCUCUGCUAAUAACUCAUCUUUGUGAUGUAUUUAGUUUGUAGGAGGCACUUUGCAAGCCAUUGGCUCCAUGGUCUGCCCACCACUCUGGCCUCCUAGAAUACAACUUGGGCAGGGAGGGUAGAGAUGGCUGGCCUGGCUACCAGCGGGGAUCAGGGAAACCCAGAACUCCUGGUCCAGAAUCAAGUCCCUCUCCAAGUCCUAACAGUCAUACCUUCUGCUGGGCUCCUGUUCCACAUGACUGUUGCACAGCCUUCACAGUGAGAUCUCAUUGUUGAAUUUUCUAGAACAUUUGCUUUUCAACUUGUCCCCCCCGCCCCUUUUCCAUUCUCAGAGAGAUGCCAUCCAUUUGUAAUUUAGAUUUUGGUUAAGUGGAAAGAGAAAUGGGACUUCAUGGCCAAAAUGAACUAUAGAGAUCUUAGGUGGGUUCAGCUAAUGGUAAAUGUGAUGUCUGCCAUGAGCUGUCCUGUCUACAAGGCUCCCAGUUUGCAGGCUUCCCAUGACUGCCACAUUGCUCCUGAUCCAAGUUAGAAAUUCAUUUAGCCCUUUCAAGACAAUGUCACAUUUUUAAGUGUUUACAACUUUAUCAAUGUGAGAAGCUUGUAAUUAUUGAAAAUCUGAUGUCAUUCAGGACAUUUUGUUCCUUUGUAUUUUGCCUGUGAGUUUACUGGAAGGCUAUUGAUGCCUCAAUCAUGGGUCUUUGUUCUGAGAUCAUUUUUUAUGAACUGCACUGAGGGUAUAGAUGAUUAUCUCAAAAUAAUCUUUUCAAAGCUCUCCAAUUGACACUCAGGGCUCAAGGAGUUAGUUCCACUGAAUCAGAUGUUUUUAGCAUUUAUGUGGCCCCAUCCUUGAAUAAGUAGUUGUGAUAUUUGAGGACAUAUCCUACAUUGUGUAUGGACACAAAAGAUUUUGACCUUGCCUCAGUAAGUUACAAAACUCAAAGUAUUGCUUAGAAGAUGGCUCUCUGGGAAUAAGCUUGGGGCUCCAUGGGUCCCAUUCUGUCCCUGACAAUCCCUUUUCCAUCUGGUGACAAGCCAUGGGCGUGCCCUAGGCAUGCAUGCAAUACAGCAAGACCAACUCAAGAGCAAUAUUGAAUUGUUCAUUAGACCUAAAAUUAUAUAUAUAUGUAUAAAUAUAUAUAUAAUUUCUCUUCCUGCAUUUUUGAAGUAUAAAUUAGUACAUUUUAUAUAUCUGUAAGCUAGUAUAUUUGUUUCACCAUUUGUAAUAUUUAAGAAAUACUCUUUAUAGAACAAAAGUAUUAAAUAUUCAAAAAAUGCUCUGUGAUACUUAAUUUUUUUUCAAAAUUUGUAAUGUGUUGCUCCUACAUAAGAUCUCUGGAAAUAUCUAUAACUAAUGGGACACAUGUAAACCCUUGAAGAUCCAUCCUGAAAUUCAGUGUCCCACAAAGAUAGUGUGUGGACAGAGCAUUUACAGAGCAUGACUUUUAUACGUGUGGGAUGGCAAUGUGUAUAUUUAUAUUUAAGGUGUAUUUACUGUUACAAUUCCAUUAUCUAUUUUAUCUACAGUUAUAAAAAUCACUCUUGCAUAUGAGUUUCUAGUUGCCAGUGAUGUUCUGAAAACAAUAAGCAUAUUAAAAUAAAGCUUUGGUUCUGACACACA